GUAUCGAUGGCUUCAAAAUGGUGGCUUGCGUAACUACACACUGAGACUAUAUUAAAAAAAUAGAAGAAGAAUAUAUGCUCACGUUCAGUACGUACUAUAAUUUUUGUUGAUAUAAAUUCAAUUCGUAAUGUGAUACAAUCUAGGCAGAAUAGAUAUGGAGCAGACAGUGAUUAAGGACGAAAUCGAGAUUCACGAUGAUUUUAUUUGGAAUAUGAAUGUUAAACAAGAAUUAUGUGAUGAAAUGCCUAAUUCUGCUUCUCAAAAUGUAAAUACAUGUACUAUGCAUCCUAUUAAACAAGAAAUAAAUGACAGCCUAAAAAAAACUCAAGGAUAUGAUGAAUCAACGGUCACCGUAAAAACAGAGGAAAGCUGUAAUACGGUUGAUAAACUCAAUAUUCAAAACAAAAUGGAAAAUGUUAGAAUAAAAACUAGGAAGCCAACUAAAUCACGAGAAUACAAGAUGACGUAUCAUUGGUGCAUUGUACCAGAAUGUACAAACACUAGUAUAAAAACACCAAAUAAAGUUUUUGUGCAAGUCCCUCGAGAGGAAAAGCGACGAAAACAAUGGUUUCAAGCUAUAAGAAGGGAUUAUGCUAGCAUAAAACCUGGCAGCCCAGUAUUUGUUUGUGAAGACCAUUUCAAUCUUGAAACAGAUUUGGAAAAUUAUAUGAUGUGGAAACUAACACAAUGCAAAAAAAUUCUAAAAAAAACUACUGUUCCAACCAAAUUCGAUUGCCAGAAAGAUAGGAAAAGGGCAUUACAUGAAACACCUCGUCCUUUGACAUUAAAACGACAAAAAAACGACGUUAUCGAAGAACUUCUUAGUACCUCAACUUCAGCUGGCUAUUCAAAAGAUAUAGAAACAUCAAUGGAUACCAAUAUUACAGAACUUGCAAAAAGUGAUUCCCCAUUAAAUAUUUUAGAAGAUUCUUCAUCAUCACCCAUUUUAGAAGUAAUAAGAAAUCCAUCCUCAGAAAUUACAAGUGAUAAGGCAGUUAACAUCUACCAAAAUGAUUUGUAAAAAUUAUUCACUGUAAAAGUUUAUAUUUUUUGAGUCACUACAUCUCCAAUCAAACAGUCAAGGGAAAAUUAUAGCUACACAUAGAAGUGCCAAGUUAGAUUUAAAUAAUAUUUGUUCAACUUUAUGAAAAAUUAGAUUGGCACAAAUUUUUCAAGAACUUGGUGAUGUUUAUGAGAUAUCGUGCAGCAAGUAUAAUUUAUACGAAAUCAGUUCAGAAAGUUAAGGAGUAGCUACAAAUACCAUUUCGAGUUCGGUACAGUAAAGUCCAAUGUUUGGAAAUAGAAAUACAGAAAUCUACAGAUGCUUUAAAGCCAACAUUUACCUGUUCUGAUUAUAAAAAAACAAACACUCUUAAAUAUUUAGUGGGCUCAACACCAGAUGAAUUAAUAUUUAUUACAACAGGGUUUGAAGGAAGAACAACAAGAAGACAUUAUUAUUAUGCCUGAUAGAUGAUUCAAACAUGCGAAAAAUUUAUUGAUUGAGAAAAAUUGUUCACUUUUAAGACCAAUUGUUGUGUCGAGUUCCAUAAUUGCAAAUUUGUGUUCGAUUUGCAAUAAAACAGUUGCUAUUUGUAAGAAGUUUAAUUUGAAGAGACAGUAUGAUACAAAUCAAAAGUCAAAAUUCGAUUGUUAUACUGAAAAAAUAAGAAUCGACACAUUGCCAUCUUUAAAAUUUAAACUUCAAGGUAAACAACUCAUGUUUACUAUAUACUUGUAUAAUUUAAUAAAUAAAAUGUUAGAAUAA